UUGCUUGGACAGCCUCCUCUGCUGGAGGAAAAAAAAAAGAAGACUGAAAGACUGCAGUCUUGGGAAGCGAGGAGUCUCACGCGAGGGACUUCCUCCAACCCAGAUGGGCUCUUCGGGGAUGAGCUAAACUAGGGACUCCCAAGCGGCGCAGCGAAGCUUUUGCGUGAAGAUGCUCAGCCUCUGUGAAAUGGGGGACGGGGGGAAUUCACAUAGUGCGCCUUUUAGCAUAUACAUUACUAGCGGGGGAAAUGGUUUUUCGAGCUCUGCCUGCCGCUGCUUCUUAAAAGAGGAACUUAACAAGGGAGGAAAAAAAGAAGGGGGACGGGGAAAAGUCUUUAAUAAACGCGCGUCUGGGCUGCGGCUUUAGGCGAAUUACAUCAGUUUUAUGAGGAAAGAGGGGAAGGUGUCACGAAGGGAAGCAAACGUGGCAGAGUCCGACCGCUCUCCAAAUAAAACUCGUCCACCCCACCCCACUGCACCCUUCCUUUGGGUUCGCCGCCGCCGCCGCCUCCUCCUCUCCCGACGUUACUAGUUCAGGUCGCGGCUCCUGCGGCCGCCCGGCGCGCGCUUCCCCUCCAGAGCGCGCGGAAGCCGGCCAGCCCGCUACCUCGCCCGCCCGCUCUUCAGUUGCUGCAAUUGCAAUUGCAAAAACCGGGUUCCGGCGCGCACAGGGCGCUGCUGAGUUACAGCGCGCGCCAGAUCCGCCGGUAGAGACCGGCUUGAGCCGGUAUAUAAAAAAAAAAGCGGAGCUGAUUUGGUGUGAACCAGAAGAGACGCCAGCAUUUGCUUAAAAAGGACCGGGGGAGAGUGUACGUGGGAAGGCGAGAGAGAUUGCUAAGAGUCGAGCCGAGGGCAGAAAUCCUCCCCGGAGGAAAAGAAAAAAAACAAAAUAACUCGGGAGCGAAGGACGCGCCGGCUGACCAUGGGGCAGCCUUGGCACCAGCUGCGGGAGCCUAGCAUCGGAUAACGAGGCAGACUCCCGGCCGCUCUUUCCCGACGAAGGGGGUCUAUUUUAGGCACAGGGCAGGCUCCACCUUUUCCAAAGGGGGUCAGGAGUAUAAGUCUGAAGCGACGGCAGCCCCCUUCCCCGCGCCUUCGGGUUCGCGCUACUGAGGGCGAAGGGUCGGGUGUUCCAGCCGCCGCCUCAGCAUGUUGCUGACCAGGUCAUAGGCCAAAGGUGCUCCUCUCUGCAGCUUGGGGGGAAAUCCUUUUUCUUCCACACCUUUCUCUCCCCAAGUUGCAGCAGCAACAUCUUCUACUGACCUGAUCAAAAUGACUGUCAAAGCACCCAGAAUGUCAUGCAUUACCCCAAUUGUUUAUUCUAAAGUGCCUGAUGGAGGAUGGGGAUGGAUUGUGGCAUUCGCUUUCUUCUUUGUGGAAGCCUUGACAUAUGGCAUUAUCAAGUCCUUUGGGGUCUUCUUUACUGACUUAGUGGAAUGUUUUAAUGAAAGCAACAGCAGGAUAGCAUGGAUAAUCUCAAUAUGUGUAUUUGUACUUACGUUUACAGCUCCUCUUUCUACAAUUGUAGCUAAUCGUUUUGGCCAUCGUCUGGUGGUAAUGAUUGGAGGACUACUGGUCUGUAGUGGAAUGGUUGCCGCUUCCUUUGCACGUACACUGGUUGAAAUGUACAUCUCAAUUGGCAUAGUUUCGGGUUUAGGAUACUGUUUUGCCUUUCUUCCAACUGUUACCAUUCUGUCUCAGUACUUUGACAAAAAGCGCUCAUUGGUCACUGCCGUGGCUUCUACAGGAGAAUGCUUUGCUGUUUUUUCUUUUGCACCAGCUAUCACUGCUUCAAAGGAAUACUUUGGUUGGAGAGCCAGCCUCUUGUUUGUUGGUCUACUGCAACUUGGAAUUACUGCCUGUGGAUUGCUGCUGCGACCCAUCACAAUCAUAGCACAAGAAGUAGUGAAAGUAUCGCCAGUGGAACAGCAAAAAGAGACAAAAUACAUGCUUGAAAAUGAACAGACACGCACCUCAAUAGACUCCAUUGACUCGGGAGUAGAAAUAACUACCUCACCUCACAACGUACCUAGAGAUGCCAACCUGGAACUUAAAAGUGAAGAACCAAAGGAAAACACAGAGAUGUUCAUAGCCAGUAGUGUCAUUCCUACCAAGGAACCCAAGCCCAAACUCUUAGACUUCUCUGUGUUGAAAGACUGCAGCUUUAUUUGUUACGCGCUUUUUGGUCUAUUUGCUACUUUGGGAUUCUUUGCUCCUUCACUAUACAUAAUUCCCCUCAGCAUGAGCCUUGGCAUCAGCAAGGAUCGCUCUGCUUACAUUCUCUCAGCAAUGGCAAUUGCCGAGGUCUUUGGUAGAAUCGGUGCUGGUUGGGUGCUUAACAAAAAGCCCAUCAGAAAAAUUUACAUUGAGCUCAUUUGUGUCAUUCUGCUGGACGUUGCCCUUUUUGCCUUCCCUCUCGCCUACAAUUUUUGGGGGCUAAUGAUAUGUAGCAUUUUCUUUGGAUUCAUGCUCGGGACAGUAGCGGGCACACACAUUCCAAUGCUAGCUGAAGAUGAUGUUGUCGGCAUUGAGAGGAUGUCAUCUGCUGCAGGGGUCUACGUAUUUAUUCAAAGUUUAUCAGGGUUGGCUGGACCACCCCUUGCAGGUGUACUAGUGGAUACCACAAAAAAAUACAGUUCUGCAUUCUAUUCCUGUGCUGGUGGAAUGCUGCUGGCUGCUGUAUUUCUUUCACUGGUGAGGCCUUGCAAGAAUUUAACAUGUCAAAGAAAGAAACAAUCAAUACAAGAGAAUGCCUCAGAGCCUCAGGACGAUUUUAUAGAAACUGAUUUUGGAAAAACAGAGGAUUCUGUAAAGGGCUGUGAUAGCAUAGCUUGAAUUUUAACACAUAUUAUUUCGAAAUUGGGAAAAACAAGUCAGCUCAAGUCCACCUUUCAAAUCUAACACAUUAAAGGGAAUGCAACACAACAAAGGUGAACAUAUUAGCAAUCAUAAAGUCUGGUUAAUAUUAUCUACUAUUUGAAAACACUUGGCAUGUGAAGUUCCAUUGAUUCUAUGCACACACUCCUACUGAGCACGAAGUUGUGAUUCAAAUGUUCUUAUUAAUGGGAAGCAGGCAACACAUAAUAUCUCAAUUCCAAAUCACAGUGAAGAAGCAAGAUGUUAGGUGAAAGAAAAAUCAGAUGCGGCUUACCCAACUAAAAGCUAAAGUUUGCCAUGUUUUUUUUUUGUCGCCUAGGAGGAUCUCACAGCAGUAAUGUUCUUCUCUUAAUUAACAACACAGGAUUCAAUGCCACAAAAUAACUAAUCUGAUGAAGCAGUCUUGAAAUGUUUCUUUUCAUCAAAUAACGAUAGCUGCUCUGUUUUAAUUUUGGAGAACAGGUAUUAAAUUUACACUUUGGAACAGGUAGCCAAUUCUCCUUGUCCUGUGACUUGAAUUGGAAUCCAGCAACAUAUGGGAAGAAGUUGUCACUCCUCACUAGUGAAUUAAUGAACAGCUUUUGCGUGCUUUUUUUAAAAGUUGGUUAAACUCCACAAAGGUUUGGAGGUCACCAGUUCUAUUUUAGGGCCAGUUACUAUAGCUUUUUCAUAACAGUAUUACCUUAAAAUGCAGAUAAAAAAUUAUUGCAUAGUCUUAAGUAUGAUUAUUUAUAUGUUGUACUGUUUUCUUCAAGAUACACUACUGAAUGUGCAUAAAUUUGCAGCCUUGGUGAGACUUGCUUUUUGAAUAGAUAUAUUCAAAAUCACAGUAUCAGGCAUAGACUGAUUCUGAUUGUGCAUGAAUAGGAUUGUACUUUUAAAGACUUACCGGUACUUGCCUUUUGAUAUUCAGGCAAAUCACUGAUUCUAGCAGUUUUAAUUUUUAAAAAAACAUUAUUUAUUUUUAUUUUGUGAUUUCAAGCAUGUAUGGAAUUGUAUUAAGAUUGUUUUAGUAUAGAUAGUCCUCAACUUAUGAUCACAACUGAGCCCAAAAUUUCUGUUGCUAGGAGAGACAUUUGUUAGGUGAGUUUUGGCCCAGUUUACGACCUUUCUUGCCACAGUUGUUCAGUGAAUUACUGCAGUUGUUAGGUGAAUAAUAUGUUAAGUGAAUCUGGCUCCCCCAUUGACUUUGCUUGUCAGAAGUUUGCAAAAGGUGAUCACAUGACCCCAGGACACAUAAACAUGAGACAGUUGCCAAUCAUCUGAAUUUUGAACAUGUGACUAUGGGGCUGCUGCAACAGUCGUAAGCGUGAAAAAGUUAUCACUCAUUAUUUUCAGUUACGUUGUACCUUUGAAUUGUCACUAAAUGAACUGUUGUAAGUGGAGGACUACCUGUGAAAGUUUGAUGAAUCGGGAGAAAAAACAUCUUUAUUCUGAAAACAUUCCACUGUCUUUGAUUCUACUAUGAAUCAUCUUUCAGUUAGGUCUAUGUCUGUAGGCUUUAAUCCUCUAUGGACAAGCUUGAGAACGUGCACGCUGUAUUUUUGGGACUUGUUCUUACCUUUGUUAACUUCCACACUCAUUGAUGAGUUAAAUAGAAGCUCUGAUUGUUCCAUCAGUGCCUUCAUAUGAAGGUUGUACGUUAUGUCAUUCCAUUUGUAUGACCACAGUUGUCCUUACAGUAGAGUGCAUUGAAAGGUGAAACUAUAUAAUCUAAUGCCUCGGUCAUCUACUUUCUUGCAAUUCCCACUGGGCUUGUGCCUCAAUGCAGCCAUGUUUGAGAUCUUAAAGGGGCCAACUGCAUAAACCAAGCCUUGGAGAACUAUGAGGGUUAUCUGAUCUAUGUUUUAAAAAUCCAAGUGACCACAGGAGGCCAGCAGAGAGAUACUUAAACCUAACUAUUGGCUGUCAUCUAGUGGUCACCCAGUUUUUUUACAGCCAUAUCUGGUAACCCUGUUUUUUUUUAAAAAAUGCUCCAUUCAUUGCAGUUACAUAAUGCAUGGAUCAAUGUAGCAGUCACUGCAGAGAGAAAAAUGCAACAAAAUUAAUAUUUUUAAAAUGCAAUUUGUGCAUCUCCCAUUUUUAGUUAAGUUUUGUAUAAAGAAAGGGAAUUCUAAGAGGUGGCUGCAACAUGUUGACUUGUUCACUGACUUUUUAAUAAAUAGUCACAUCAAAGGUGACACAAGCUUGCUUACCCCACUUUUAUACGUCUUUUUCUCACUAGACAACUCAGGGGAGAAACAAGAAAAUAAGAUUUUGUUCUGAAUACACACAAGUAUAGAUUCAAAAUUUUUCUUGAUAAUCCAUUGAUAAUGGCACUACAUGUCAAUUAUUCUAAGAUACUACAAAAUACGGUCAUUGUGAUUCCUGAUAGGGUUUUCCAGAAUCCCCUACCAAAAAACAAAUGCAACCUAAUCUAUAGCAUCCCAAUGUACUUAAGACAUAAAUAUAUGAAUGCUGGCAAAUGCCAAAUGCUGGCAAAUUUUCAGUGAAUCAUAUAUAAAACAUUCUGAUUUUAAAUAUUCUUAUAAAAGAAGAAAAACAUGAUCUUAAGAGAUAUUUACUUGCACUAUGUUCUAGUAAAAUCCUUUACUUUUGGCACAGAAACAUGGUGUCCCUGUAUCUUAAGCCCUGUAUCUGUCUCCCUGCUGGAAAAUUCUGAAGACCAUGUUGCAAUUUGGGAUUGUUUGUUUGCUUUCAGCACUUUAUCCUGUACAGUAGAGCCUCAAUAAACUGCAGAGAACACUGAGAGAAGGGAAUAACUAGAUUUUCUGGACUUUUUUGGCAAAUAAAGGAAUAAAAUAAGAGGUAUGUGCCAAUAAAAUUUGUUACUUGUUUAGCAAGCGUAUCAUAUACUUGUUAUAUUCCUAGUAAAGCAGAAAAUGUAAGGUAGGCAGAGCAAUGUUUGGAAUAAAAGGCCACAGUCACUGGCAAAUGCUGAUUUCGUACUUAUUUCUGAUCUUACCUACCUAAAUUACUGUAGUUUGAAUUCUAAUAUAAAACUGCAAUACAGGCAGUCCUUGUAUAGCAACAGUGACUGUUUGCAAAUAAAACAGUAAUAAAAAAUCAUUUUCCAACUAAUGCAAACAUUUACCCCCACAAAAAACUUCAGUGUGAAACUGAUUUAAAAUCUGGUCAGUUUCAUGCAACCUCAGGUACCAGGAGGGUUAUAAUCAAUUAGGGUUACAAAGCUGAACUUGUGAAUUUGCAGUUAACACUUUUAUGGGAAGUCAGGGGACAGAGAAAAGGGUUUAGUGUCAUGGAAAGGUGUGUAUGUUGGGGGGGGGGGACGGAGAUCAGGUAUGGACCCUGUAUAAGACAACUUCAUCUGAAUGAGAAGGCUCCACUGUGUCUCUCUCCCUCUUUCAGUCCCUUGAUUCCUUUAGUGACUAUGUUGCUUAGUGAUCAUUUCACCACAAUCAGCUCCAAUCACUAAACAAGGAGAACCUAUAUGAGAAAAAGUAUAUUGUGUACUUGACAUGUAGUUGGAAAAAUUAGUUGUCUCUGCAAGUUAACGAAGUUCUAUUGUAACGUUCUUACAGAUAUUUCCAAUAUUAAAUAAUGCAAUGUAUGUAACUGACCGCAUCUGAAGUUACUAUGUAUGUACAUACCAUAUUAGUAUGAUCAGAAUGCAUGCAUCUAAACAAGAUAUUCAAAAUCAGGAUUAAACAUGGUUGAAGCAGGAUGCUGAUUUAUAAAUUAGUGGAUUCUGGAACUGCUACCAAAUAAUGAGUUUUGCAAUAAAAAAAUUUUUAAUGAAAAAAGAAAUUCUGGCUUAAACCUUCUUUUGUUCCAAACUUCACCACUUGUCUUUUCGUUAGUGCUUUCCCCCAUUCUUUGAGUUGGCAAAAAACUACUAUCAGCGUGGCUUUUGUAAUCCCCAUUGUCAACUCCUACUUGACCUUUAUUUUCUCUCCAAGGUAAGAUGGCAAACCUUUGGGGCUUGGCAUGUCAAAAAUCUGGAAAAUCUCUCUCACACACACACCCUGAACAACAAAGAAUUAUCUUUCCCGGAUCUUGGUUACUCUAAACAGCAACACUCCAUGGCAGGCCGAUGCUGGGCUUGAAGUAGAGGCCUACGCCGCAAGGUCAACUCUAGCAGCAGUUCUGCCACUCAAAGGUACCUUCAUGCAGUGUUCUUUUUCUGUUGACAGCCCUCUGCAGCCUCUCCAAGACACACCCAAUUCUCGAGCAGCCUUCUAGCCCCCAUAAAUCUCACGUGAGAAUGGAAUGUGCUUUUGAGAACAGUUGUUGAGUGAACCCUUUGGAAUGUCACCUCUGGCAUCCAAGUCAUAGGCUCACCAUCACUUGUCCUAGGGUAUUCUUUCAACUCCCAGUCACAUGCCUUCCUCAGCCCUGCAGCAUUUUCUUCAGUGGCUCUGGCAUUUUCCAGAGCUUUGCUAUUUCCAAACUUCCCUGUUUGCUGCUUGGGUCGAAUGUGGCAUUCUGAUCUUAAGUUGAUUGUUUCUCUUCAGUGCACCUUGCUUGCCUGUUUCCACCCACUUGCUCUUCUGCUUUGCUUAGGCUUCUUUUGUCACAUCAUACAAAUAACGGUCCCUUUGCAAAACUUUCAAGACUGUAUAUUUGAGACUUUUUUUUUCUUAUGAAAAUGGAUCAAUCUGUAUGCGGUGAUCCUGGACCUUUUCCUACAAUCAUUCCACCUCAGUGCAAAUCUUUUUAAAAAGAAUACGGUCUGGCAAGAAAAGUAUUUUGUGUGCACUACACCAAAAAGCAGUUUUUACAAAGAACAAACAUAUAGGCUCACCAUCAUGCCCAGUUUGAUUACGAAAUAUAUAUGGGAUGAAGGAUGCCCAUUAAGGACACAAAGUAGGUUACGCAUCAUACUUUCCAGAUAAUAAACCAAAAUUCAUCAAACUAACCCUAUGUGUAUGUACUCACAAUAAACUGAAUCACACCUGACUGGAUUCCCACAAUAAACUAAGCUAAAAUGUGUUCAGCCAGCUUUCUCCAACCUGGUAUACUCCAGAUCAGAGGUCCCCAACCUUGGCAACUUUAAGCCUGGAGGACUUCAACUCCCAGAAUACUCUGAGAGUUGAAGCAGGGGUGAAAUGCUCCUGGAUCGGACCGGCUCGCACGAUCCGGUAGCGAUGGCAGCUGCUGGUUCGGAGGACCGGUAGCAAAAAUUCCUGGCCCUGCCCCCCAACCUCUGCUGAGCCCCACCAUCAGCAGAGGGGUUUUUUUUUUACUUUUAAAAGAAGGUUUUGCUUCAGCCGAAACAUGCCUUUAAAAGUAAAAAAAAGCCUUUGAGGAUCCCGCCCCUCAGCUGAGAUCAGCAGAGCCUUUAAACUUAAAAAAAAAAAAUUAAAGGCUACUCUGGGGAUCUCACCUGAGUUCCACAUCAGCAGAACCUUAAAAAACAUGUUUUCUAUAGAAAACCUCCUUUUAAGAGAUUCUAAGGUACUUACCUGAUUACUGAUGACCUCAUGGCUUUUUUUCCAGCUGGAAAGCCCCAGUUUCGCUUUCAGCACCAGACAGAACUAAUCUAAACUUAGCUAAUCUAUUUCACCGCUGACUGAUUAAUGCUGUCUGGCUUUGCUUGCUGAGGAACUCUGGGAAUUGAAGUCCACAAUAAAAUAAAAUAAAAUAAAAUAUUUGUGCAGCUUUCUGAGAUUUGGUGUGUUUCUGUAGUGUUUCACUCUAACUACACAAGCACACAAAAUCUCAGAAGGAUGUAUGUGGUAUUUUGUGUGUGUGUGUGUCAGUUGUGUUGUGUGUGUAAAGUGUGAAAGUUGGUUUUUGAGCUUUUUGUGACUGUGUGAAGUGUGAAGUGCAGCUGCUUUUACAUUGUGUGUGAGUCAGUUGUGUUGUGUUGUGUGUGUGUAAAGUGUGAAAGUUGGUUUUUGGUACCUCUUAUUGUUUUUUUAUACUUUAUUAUUUUUAUUAUUUAUUGUUAUUGGCCACGCCUACCCAGCCAUCUGACCACCAAGCCACGCCCACCAUUUAAGCCACGCCCACAGAACCAGUAGGAAAAAUUUUUAGAUUUCACCCCUGAGUUGAAGUCCUCCAGGCUUAAAGUUGCCAAGGUUGGGGACCCCUGUUCCAGAUGAUUAAGUGUAUAGCUCACCUCCAUAACAACAUGCUAAAUGAAAGCCAAUAGGAAUUGCUCUGACCUAUCCUGAGGCCUUGAGGUAGGGAAAGCAGGGUAGAAACUGGUUAGUUUUUUGCUUUAAAAAGGAUGUCUAGCGCCCUCUGGUGUCUGAUUCAUGUAAAACACCUAGAAAAUAUUUCCAUUUAAAUCAGUCGGUUGUGGCUGCAAGAAUACAUACAUAUUCCUUGUUCAGAAAGAAGAGGCCACACAUACACACAUAAUCAUUAGGAUCAGAAUUAAUGCUCAGAAAACCUUGCUCUCAGAUGUGUCAGCAGAACUGACUCCCAAUUCAUUCCAAAGCCUUCCAGAUUGUAUUAGAGUUAUAAUGUUUAACAAAAAGCUUCCAGACUGUAAGCAAUACCCACAGAGACUAUAAAUUGGAGGGUUUUUAAGAGGACACCUAUCUCUCAGGGAGAAUUUAAUUGGUUUUCCUGCACAUUGCAGUGUUGCGUCUGUGACCUUUUCCAAAAGUAUAAUUCCGUGAUUUAAGAGACUUGCCUAAAGAACAAAACUUCUCACUUGGAUGUUUUCGUUUGAAAGUAGCAGCUAGCAUGGAGGGAUAGGAGACCCAAUUAGCAGGAAGGAAAACAUUUAAAUG